AUGUCGGUGACGUUCGAGGACGUGGCUGUCUACUUCUCCCCCGAGGAGUGGGCAGAGCUGGCAGGCUGGCAGCGGCGGCUCUACCGGGAGGUGAUGAUGGAGAACUACCAGGCAGUCGCCUCGCUGGGUGAGGACUCUCUCCGGCCUGGGGGUCGAGCCGGAAUUCGCCGCUUUAAACUGAGCUGGAGCCCUUGGAAGCGAAAAUCCGGCUGUCGGCGUUGCCGCCCGAGUGCCGACAUAGCGGUUGUGAUUGAUGGCAGGUUUUACCCUGCCAGGCAGCCUCCCGCGGAGAGCGCGGUCCUGGUGGAGAGAGUGGAAUGGAAGGAAUAGAAUAGAACAGAAUAGAAUAGAAU